AUGGACCGCCAGCUGGGCCAUGGGCCACGAGGCCUGAUGGCUAAAAAGCAUGCGAGAAUAGUGCUCGAAAAGCUGGUCGACAACUCGACCCCUCGUCGUCAAUUUGUCUCCAGGAUUGUCAGAAUAUUGGUGGAAGACAACAAAUUGAGCGUCGAUGCAGAUGCCACGUCGGCCCUGGAUGUCACGCUGGAGGAUCUGGCAUGUUGCACCACUACCCUGAGUGACAGACUCCUCCAGAUUGGGCUGCAUUGCAUGCUAGGUACUCCAAUACCAACCCGCCCGGACAUAUCGAUGGUGCAUUCGGCGAUGUGGAACCAGUGGGUAGGCAGUUCAAAGGCUGGGGUGUCAGAAGAUGAUGCGGAACUUGCACAACGUAUUGCCUGGUAUUUUCGCCCGUUUGAGAUAGGAGAAGCUACUGGGGUCGGGGCGCGAAAACACCGCAAAGCAAACGGCAACAACCAAACUUGCCGGCCGCGCCGCACCGUCGUCAUCUAUCACAGUUCGCACAAAAGCCACGUUUUGGUGAUUUGCUCCAUCCUCGACGGCAUCUGCGAUGUUUUCUUAUACGGCUCCGGGAUGCAAAGACAAGACAUCAAGAAUGCCUUAGUGGAAGCUAAGGCGUGCAUAAGUCAUCUUUUGACUAUUGUUUUCUCCAAGACUGCUGGGAAACAUACCUGGUGGAAUAAAGACAAGUCGAAACCGGACGCGUUUCCAUUUCGCAUCCACCAGUACCUUGAUGAUCCCAACGACCUCCAGGAUCCCGAAGUACAUUGCUUUGAUGUUGCGAAGUUCCAGAUCCUCGAUAUUGCUACCCGGGUUGUUGAAGACAGUCUAGCCGUGGAUGAAAUUGUCGAGACAGAGAACCCAAUUUCGGUUCCUGGAAUUGCGUUAUCCGCUGCCGGAGACCAGUCGGGCAUUUUCCCAGGGUUGUCACUGCUGUCAGAUGGAAUACCAGAUUAUCCAGACGAAGAAAUCGAGCGCCGGGUUAUAGCCGCGAACAUUGCCCAGCGGUUUCUGGUCAAGCUAACAGAUGACGAUUUCCACAGCCUCCUCGAGGCUGCUGGCCCAGAUCCAGGCCCACUGGUUGCUUCCGAGGCGGCGCGGCAAUGUAUCGAUAGAUUCCGACACUGGUACAAACAGCUGAUCGACAUCACAGCCAUGGUUGCUGUCUCCUACGACAAAGCACCGAAAUGGGAACUGGGUACCAUGUGUUGGGCAUUUCGGUUUGCGAACGCCUCGAGUGCCUCACGGAAGAGACUACAUACUUUCUACUGUGACCCUCGCAUCACUCCGCUCCACAUACAGUGCGCUUUUGGCCAGAAGAUCUGGACUCCUGCUAUACUGGACAGCCUGCCACAUCUAGAUGUUGCGAGUGAGUGCGCGAUUCCGAAUGCUAUCGGGCACUAUAUGCUCGCUGUGCGUGGUCCAGGAAACCCCGGUCCAGAAGACCCAGUGCAUCUUUAUCAUGGCAGCGCAACGUCACUCGAUCCUACUGUCUGCGGAAACAUUGGCUACAGAUCACGGCUCCCCCAUCAUGAACAGGCUAUCGAUGUGGCAAGAGCGAGCACGGCUCGACCGCCGCUGUUCUGUCAAUGGUACGCUGCGUUGCCGGGGCACACACACGCUUUCUACGAAUUCGCGAGAAUCCUCAAGUCGCCCAAGAACCAUCCGCCCGCGCUCCUCACGAAAGCUCGUCUAUUGACUCUGAACUCGGAAGAUUUGGGUACAAUUUUCCUAGACACUUGCCGGGUGCCUCAGCAGCCAUCAGAGGCUCAGCGGACAGAGUUUUUCUAUUACGCACAGGCGAGUCUUCGGUUGUCACAGAUCACCAGACCACAGGGUUUACCCCGGGCUCCAUUUCGCGGUUUGAAUCUGGUGCUCCCUUCGACGCAGCAGUGGAUUACAUUUUGGAGCCCGAAGAAACCGUGUUUACCUCAGGUAUCGACUGACGUGAUGGCCAGCUUUGAGUCCUUUUACCAGAAGACAGGUCGACGGUAUGUCACACAGGCAGACAUAAAAGACAUCACUCGCGACCACCCGGAACUAGGCCGCCAAGAUCCAAAAGCGACAUAUUCAGACAUCCGCGGUGCAUACGAAACGGUACUAGCCUCCCACAAAGUCAAGUACGUGUAUUUUAUUGAACAGAGCCUCAAUCGGAAACUACUUGUCGUAUGUGCUGUGAUAAAGUACUGCGAUGAGGUCACGCCUUCCAUCGUCACAUUGGGAGAAGACGGGAACUAUAGCAUACCAGAGGUAACUGGGAUACGCUGGCUCGAAGUGGCGCACAUCGCACUCGACCUUGCGCCGAGCUCAAUCAGCACAGACUUUGUGUGCCCGUGGAACUGCCAGAGACUUUGGGUUCUCAUCACACGAGACCUUUGUUCGAACCGACUCAACUACAAAUUGACUAAUCCAUUUGGAACUAUCUUGCAGAAGCCAUUCUGGGAUAGCCUGCGAGGGUGA